AUGGCGGGGAGCCUGCCGAGCAAAUCCACGGGCCCCGCGCGGGCAGGGCCGCCGGAUGGAGCACAACCACCGCUCCCUGCUUCAUGCCGUCGGCGCCGUGGAGCCCCCGCGCAGGAACGGGCGGGGCGCCAGCGCGCCGCAGGCCGAGGCGCAGUGCGCCGCGGCGGCCGAGGACUCGCGGGGCGCGGCCGCCGGUGGCCGCGGCGAGGCGAGCGUGCGAGGCGAGCGCGGGGCGGCCGCGCCCGCCGGGAGCCCGCGCGAGGCCAGCAACCCGGAGCCCGCGCCGAGGGCGCCGCCCCGCGCAGCCGCCGGAGACGACGGCGACCCGAGCCCGGCUGCCGACGACAGCGACGAUCCAGUCGUGCCAGAUACGCUGGGGGCGCCGUGCCGGGAGGCAAAAGAGCCGUGGGCCACGUCGGCCGGUCGGCGAAAUUCACACAGUUGCCCUUAAUGACCAAGCAAAGCUCAACCAAGCAGCUCGUCAACGAAGUCCAGGAUCUCUCUUCAGUCACAGCUGCGAUGAGUAGUCACGAGGCCGUCAUCGCACACGGCAGCGAUAUGGAUGUAAAUCCUCCCUCCAAGCUUGCCUCUCGAGAGAUCAGAGAAUGGACCCAGAAUUUGACGUCGUCAUCACAUUUCGAGACAGUAGUGGCAGUAUCCAUUAUCUCUAAUGCCGUGGCCACUGGCUGGAAUUCUGAUUGGGUAAUGAGGAACCUUGGGUCAGACCGGCCGAUGUUCUUCAUUGUCCUGGACUGGGUAUUUCUCAGCGUCUUCAUGCUUGAGCUUCUGUUCCGGAUGGUCGCAGAGUGGGGUCAUUUCUUCCAUUACCGUGCCAAGAUGUUCAAAUGGAAUAUCUUCGAUACUAUCAUCAUUGCGUUGACCUUUCUGAACAAUGCCGAGAUCCUGGGUGUGCGGUUCUCCGUGGUGCGUGUUUUCAGGGUCUUGCGACUGGUGCGCCUAAUCCGCGUGGUCAGACUGAUGGAUUGUUUCAGGGAGCUCCGGAUGAUGGUUGACGGCAUUCUGAAUUGCGGCAAGGUUUUGUUGUGGGCUUUCCUUCUUUUGGUUCUCGUCACUUUCACCUACGCCGUUGUGUGCUUGGAGUUCAUUUCCGAGUGGCUCGCGCAGGUCGAGCAAGAUAUGCGGGUGUCGACAGCUGGCUCAGGGCUGGCCGAACAGGAGACAAUAACAUUCGUGAAGGACAACUAUCAGUCGCUGCCUUACAGCGUCUACACGCUCUUCAAAGCAGUCAGCGGAGGGGUGAACUGGUCCGAGUUGGUGGAGCCGCUGGCGGAUGUGGACCUUAUCCUGGUGUGCACGUUCCCCUUCUUCAUAGGCGUUACCGUAUAUUGCGUGCUGAACAUAGUAACCGCAUCGUUCGUGGAGGCGGCGGCGCGCUCGUCGAAGGACGAGCAGGCGAACGCGCUGGAAAUCAUAUCGGAGAGAAAGAGAUGGAUCAAGGACAUAACUGACAUUUUCAAGAGGCAUGACGCUGACUCCUGCGGAUUCCUUGACUUCGAAGAGUUCUCGUCAAUCAUGACCGACUGGCGUACGCAGGCUGCCUUCACGGACAUGGGCAUCGACCUGUCUUUCCAGCAGGCCAAAGACUUGUUCAAGUUAUUCGAUUGGGACGGUGAUGGCCAGAUCGACAUCAACGAAUUUGCCCAGGGAGUCCACCACCUGAGGGGUCCUGCCCGCAGCCUGGACGUGUUCCGACAGUUCAUGAAGCUGUCAAGGACGAUGGAGAAGAUCGAGCGGUCUGUGCAAAACCUGGCGGGUCCCCAGAUCGGCCCCCGGUCCCAGAAAUCCGCGCGAUUGCACAGACUAAUGUCAUCGGAGAGCUCCGUCAUGCGCUGCGCCUGA